AAAUUUUUUACCUUUGAAUUCACCCAAAGACGGUUUAAAUUUUUGUUUCAUUUUCGGUUCGGUUUUCAGUUGAUUAACAUUCCAAAAGCUGUUUUUUCUCCGUUUUCAAUCAUGGAAAAUAUUGGUAAUCCCGUAAAAAUCUAUAAUCAUCAAUCGAAUGGAUCGAUUAAUCGAUUGAAAAUAUCGACAACAACUAAAAAACGAAAUGAAACAAAAAAAUUUCAACAAAAAUCAAAAUCAACAUCACAUUUAAAAUCAUCGACUAAUAAAGGUAACAAAUCAUCAUCAACAUCAUUGUCGAUUCGAUUAUCGAUUCCAAAACCAAAACCUGUUGAAAAAUCUGGUCGAAUCGUUAAACCGAAUUUAUCGGGUGAUAAUAAUCGUGAGAAAAAAGAUGGCUACAAUGUUCAUUCAAAACGAUCAUUAUUAAAAGAUAUUAAAAAUACGGCCAUCAAUAGUUUGACACAAGUUCGUCAUGGUUUUAAUUCUAUUUCGACAAUGUUAAUGAUAAAAUCAUCAUCAAAAUUGAAUGGUGAAAAUCAAUAUGAAGAAAUGAAUGAUGAACAAUCAUCAACACCGAUAAAAUUAUAUUCACCAUUUACAAUUGAAACACCACCACCAAUGAUAAUGAUCAAACAAGAAGAUCGUCAACGAUUACGACAACAAUUAUUUACAAGUCCACGUAAUCAAAUUAAAAAUGAUAUUGAAAAUUUACAAACCGGUAUUGAAUAUUUAAAUUUAAUGGCCAAUAAAAUUGUACCGAAUCAAUAUAGAAAACAAAUUGAACAUUCGAAUUCGAAUGAUCAAAAUGAUGAUGAUGAUGAUGAACGAAAACAAUCGAUACAUCAAUCAACAAAAACAACAAAACGAUUAUUAAUGUUUCAAUCGAAAGAAAGUUUAAUCUGAGAUUGAUUGAUUGAUUUGAUGAUGACGACGAAGAAAAUGAUUAUUAUUUAAGAUUAUGACAUGAAUCGAAAUUGAUUGACUUUUUUUUGCAAUCGUUUCAAUUAUUGAUUAUAUAUUUUUCUUUGUGGGUAAUAUUGAUGAUUAAGAAUAAAUUUUUUGUGUUUCACUUUGAUUGAUAUACUAUUGUUGUUGGCUAUCA